AUGUAUUUUUCAUUGUCCGUUUCAAUGAGGAUAUUCAUUUAUAUUUUAUUUUUGUUUGAUGGACUUAUAUCUCAAAGAACUUCUUCCUUACCUAAAUCUCCAUCCCUUUUUGUUGAUCAAUCUGGUCCAUGUACGCCUGAAGAAGAAGCAAAGAAAUCACAAUGUCUACGAGAAUUACCAGCUGAACGAUAUGAAGUACUUGAAGGUGAAACAGUUUUAAUGCGGUGUCGUGUAGCUAAUCAAAGAGGGAAAGCACAGUGGCGUGCUAGAAACUUUUUAUUGGGUUACAAAAGAAAUAUUCCAGAUUGGCCAAGAUAUUCGUUACAAGGCGAUUCAGGUCAAGGUGUACAUGAUUUACUAAUUCAAAAUGUUAGUCGUGAAGAUGCUGGAGUAUAUGAAUGUCAAGUUUCACCUGUUGCUGGACAAAAUCCUCUUCGACGUCAAACCCUAUUAGUUAUACUAGUAAAACCGAAAAUACCCAAUAUUGUGACUUUACCGGGUGUACCACAACCAUCAGCCAAUGGACAAUUGAUUGUAGCUUUUGAUUCCAAUAAAACGAAUCCCAUGAAUAACAAUCCAUUAAAAUUAAUUUGUCAAGCGAAAGGCGGUUAUCCUACACCGAAGUUUGAAUGGUUUCAUAAUGGAAACCUUAUUUCAGCAUCAGGGGAUUUAGAUGAAUUACAGAAUGUCAAUGAAGAAAUACAUUCACCAAAAAUAACUAAAGAUCAGUUUGAAUUGGAAAUUGAUAAAACAAAACUUUCAACUCGAGAUCGUAUUGUGUGCCUAGUCAGUAACAAAGCAACAAUGCGUUCAAAUCACCUAUAUGAACAAAAGCUUAGAGCUGAAGUGAUGAUUGUUAUCCACUCUUUACCAGGUGAUCCAGAAAUUAUUGACUGGGAUAAAUUCACAAAUGAAUCUACAAGCUUACUUGUUGGUUUAACAGUUGAAGUUACAUGUAGAGUGACUCCACCUGGAAAUCCUCCUGGUCAAGUUGUAUGGCGCUUCGAAAAUCCUUAUUCUAAUAUGAACCUAGAUCAGUUAAACGUUUUUAGAAAUGAUUUACAAAUACCAUCAAUAAAGAAUGUUAUUUCUAUUACGAAUGAAAAUGUAAUCAACCAAAUUACAGAUGAAAAAAUUUUGAGCCGACUAAAAAUUACAAAUCUUAAUUCAACAAUGCAUGGUUUAGAUUUAGUGUGUGCUGUUCGACAUCAAGUUGGCCCAGAGAAAACAACAAGGAAACGAAUCUGGAUUCGACAUGGUCCGCAGCAUGUCAAUAUACAUGGUCCUUAUGAAAGAAUAACUGAACUGAAACAAAAAGUAAAUGUUUAUGAUAAAUUAGAGAGAGCAGAUAAUAAAAGCACAGUGACUACUGUAAAUAAACAAAAGUUGUAUGUUUAUUUAGACAGACCACAGUAUUUAUCAUGUGUUACUGAUGAGUAUUAUGGACAGGUUGAGAUAAAAUGGCGGGGUAAAUUACAUAACAGUGAAAAUUGGGAAGUUAUUACUCCAGUCGAAUCAUUUCCACGUAAUGAACCUGAUGCAUUAAAUAAUUUUAAUAUAAUUCAGGCAUCAAUUAUACAACUGGUUACAACAAAUCAAAAACGAAAUGCUUUAAUGUGGACAGAAAUAGAAUGCAGUGCUUUACCAAGUUAUUUCAGAGAAGAAAAUAAAAAAAUUAUAUCGAACAAGGUCAAUCUGGAAAUGUAUACCAUCCCUCGCAUUCCGACAAUUACGGGAUAUAAGGAAGGCACAUUAUUGGCAGAUGGCACUAUACUAACACUUCACUGCACAGGAGAACAAGGAAAUCCUCCAGGAAAACUAGUUUGGACUCAAGUAUUAAAAGGUACCAAUGAAAGUGAAUUAAUUGAUGAGUCAAAUAUUAUUCAACAAAAUCAAUCGAACAAAUAUCCUGAUGGAAUGAUUUAUUCAAUAUUAAAUAUUAAUCUGACAAAAUCAUAUGAUGGAGCGAUUUUUAGAUGUGGAACUGUGAAUCCUGGUUACGGAUAUUCGGAUGCACAAUUCAGUUUACCAGUAGAAAUUGGUGUAUCCUAUUCAGCAACAGUUUUAAAUAUUAGUGUCAUAAGUGGAACUGGACAAAUGAUAGCACGAUCAAAAUUACGUGAUGAACUUCAAACUAUUUUAAGUUAUUAUAAAUCAAAAUACAAUGUUGGACAUAUUCCAAUAGUCCAAGCAAAAGCUGGUCAUGCACUGAAACUAAUGUGUCAAGUUGAAAUGUCAAAUCCAAAACCUGAACUAGAAUGGCAACUUCAUCAUUGUUCACCUGUUCAAUUUGCAUCAAUUAUGAGAGGAAUCAACGAUACAAUCAACGAUAUGAAAUCACAAAAUGAUCCAUAUGAUGCAUUUUUUAAAAGCUGUCAGAAUAUUCACUUAACAGGUAGUAAAAUGGAAGAAACGAUUAGUGAGUCAGGCAAACUUCACAUCUUAAAUAGCCAUUUGGAACUUCCUAUAAAUAUAUCACAUGAUGGAGAUUUAAUUGAAUGUUUAAUAAGAAAACAUCCAAUUGAUUAUACUAACAGUUCUGUUCAUUUACAAUCAUUCGAUAAAUACACACUGUCUAAACCUUAUUAUCAAAAUACACAUUCACAAGCCCUUACACUUUUAAAUUCACAUAUUUUACUUUCUAUUCAAUUUCCACCGAUAUUUUUAACUUUAGCAAAACAAUUGAAUUGGCCUGUAGAGUUGAAUUCAUCAAAUAAUAAUGAACAAUUUUUACCACAUUAUAUUGUGGUUGAAGGUGGAUCACUUGAUUUAGAUUUAGAGCCUAUUUCUAAUCCAUCAUUAAGUAAAACAUCAUGGUUUAGAAAUGGCAUACCACUUCCAUUAUCAAAUAAUCCAAUUAAAAUAUUGAAUUCAUUCAAAAAUGAAGAAGUUAAUAAAAGUUCUAAAUCAUAUUCUAUUGAAGAUUUAAAUCAACGUUUAAUCGUACAACCAACCAAAUUAUUUAUUCAUCCUGUUAAACGAUCAGAUAUGGCCAAUUACACACUGAUUGUAACUAAUGCUCUAGGGAGUAAAGAAUUUACAUUCUUUUUAAAUGUAACUUAUGGGCCGCAAUUAAUUGGUUCCCCUUCAGUAAAUGUGACAGUUUCUGGUAAAAAGGCUGAAUUAUUUUGUCAAUCGGAAGCUAAUCCCACACCCACGACAAAUGCUGUCCGCUGGAGGCGUUUAACAAACACACUGAUUGGUUAUGAUUCCGCAGAAAAUAUCUACAGAAAUUCAAUCUCCCGAGCAUCUUUUUCUACAAAGAGUCAUACUUCUCAGGCUGAUUCAGCUGCUGGGAUUCAUUGUGAUAAAGGUGAAUGGAAUGUUGGAUUUAAAUAUUAUGCAAAGUGUUGGUCAUCAGCUCCUGGUGUAAUGACUAGUACACUUACAAUAUACGAUUUAAGUCCAAAUGAUGUUGGGCGAUAUCAGUGUAACAUGGAUAAUGGAAUCGGAUCACCAGCUGUUCGUACGAUUGAUCUUACUUAUCCAUUUGCACCAAGAAUAGUACCAGUAACAAGAUGGUCAAGAGCUGCACCCAAUAUAGUUUCAAAUAAGAAUAAAACUAUCAGUGUUACUCAAUCAACUUUAAUUUCUGAUCAACUAAUCUCCAUCGUAAAAGGAGCUCAUGCCAGAUUAACAUGUGUAAUUGCUGCAGAACCUAAUCCAGAAGUAAAUUGGUUAAGAGAACCAGCUAAUUUAACAUUAAUUGAAGGAGGUCAAUUUCAUUCAGUAGUUAAAUCUAUUCGUCCAGGAUUAUAUCAUGCAAUAUUAUAUUUGAUACAACCACAAGAAGUUGAUUUGGGUCGGUACUUUUGUAAAGUAAAAAAUUUAGUUGGCGAAGAUAUUGGUCGUGUGGAUUUAAUACGUCCGACUCAACCUGAUCUUCCAAGUUCACCGCGUCUAUUGAAUGCAACUAGUACAAGUUUAACAGUUUCUUGGACACAAGGAUUUAAUGGUGGUCCAGAACAAAAUUUCUUGUUACAUUGGCAUCCAAAUGAAGACCCAGAUCACCAUGAUAAAGUCAAUAUUAAAGAAGAUCUAGACAAUGAAGUAUUAACCUACACUAUCACUGGUCUUCAAAAAGCUACAACAUAUCGUGUGUCAGUUAGUGCUUAUAAUACAUUAACUACUACAACAUCGUUUACACCCUAUCUUUUGGCUUCUACAACUGCAUUUGAUUCACUGUCAGGAGAGGAAGCAAUGAGGGAUGAAGCCAAAGCCAAAUCAUUAAAAGAUAUUCAAAGAGGACAUUGGGAUUCAAGAUGGCGAUUAAAUUCUAAGAACCCUGAAAACUCCAUAAAUCCGGAUCCCCAAAGACGAUCAGUUCGAUCUGGUCAUGAAUUAAAUUCUCUCGAUGAUAAUGCUUUUGUGAUUAUAAUUGCAGUCUCUGUAUUCGGAUCAUUUAUUUUAAUCGCGAAUUUAUUGGUAAUAUUAAUAUUUACACGAUACAAGCGCCAAAAAAUGAAACAGGAUGAACGUAAACCAUCUGCUGCGGGGGACCUUAUGCAAAUAUACCCAGUAGAAAAUGGUUUCUCAGAAAUACACACAAAUACACAGACCAGUUUUCCAAUGUAUCCAGACGAUAUGCGUUUAAAUGCCAGUUACAUGUUGCAGUCAGUACCACAUGACCAGUUUUCACCCUUUCAAAAUGGAUGGGAACAAAUACCUUUGAAUAUAUGUCCAGAUCAAACUUCAUCUAUUAUAAGAGGAAAUCAAAUAUUUUCAAGCUCACCUCACUCAAGCAUAAAUGCAAUAAAUAUGCAGAACUUCAACUCUCCAAAUCAUAUAGAAUUUAAUAAUCGACCUUCUAGUGAUAUAUCUAUUCAACCAUCGUCUGUUUUAAUAAAUAAUGCUGAUCAAACUACAGUGGCUUAUUUAAACCCAGAUAAUGGAACGGUAGAAGCGAUUCAAAAUAUUCAAGAUUAUCAUGACUGUUCAGAAUUUAUGCCCCCAGUAUUUCCCAAUAGUUGUUCGUCUCACAAUUACGAUACAGAACAAAAUCUGAGAAAUAUAGAGCGCCCUACACCCACUCACAGACGGCUUGUCACUAUCGGUAGAACCUUGACUGAAAAAAGUAACAGAACUAGGUCACCACAUUCUGGAGCUGCUUCAAGUGUUUCCACUAUCAGGUCGAAUGGAUAUGGAAAUACUAAUAGUUUAGAAAGAAGUCUUUCAACUUUUCAACGAUCUCAUCACUCGAACUUGCUGGGUGACUACAGAUAUCUUGGUGGUGGCUUGACGUUACCUAACGGGGGCCUCGGACUAAAUAUAAUGAGUCAGAGUCCCCAUCAAAACGGACAGUUGUUUAUAUCAAACGCGAGGACUUCAGGAAGCUGGAUUCAAAAUGGAAUGACUACAAGUUUUCAUGGAGGUAAUGCUCCGUCAUGGAAGCAUUGUGUCAAUCCUCAUGCAAGCGAUGAAUACACAUCAUCAGAACAACAAGUAGCAAGAAAUUCAUACAAUUCCUUUGGACAACAAUCUGUAUCACAUCUCACGAACAGUUUUGAAUUGCCUGAUGUUCAUGUUUUCAGCAACCGGCAGCAUACACAAACGAACAAGGGUUCCGAGGUCUCAUCAUUACGUUACUAUCAGGAAUCACCAGUGAAGUAUAUGGCACAAUUGGAAAAUAAUUGGCUACAAUCAAAUCAAAAUAACAAUGACUGCAGAAAUAUGAGCAUAGAGUUUCCGUCAAAUGGAUCGACUAUACCACCACCAAAUGAUUUUCAAACUACUGGUUCCCAUAUCCCUUACAUACAAGUUAACAGUUCCACUCCUACCGUCAAUAGACCAUAUUAUCAUAUAGCAGAUGAAAAUAAGAAUAUUAUUAACCAAGAAGGUCCUGGUGCAGAUCAUUUACACGCAACUGACCAACGUUUAGGUAUACCCAGAAACGUUUCAGAUAAUAUGAUAACACAUCAAAAUAUGGGCAACUACUCUUCAUAUGGUUGUAUUUUAUAA